AUGCAUGCCGAAUACGAUGAGUUUGCAGUCGCGCUGGACUCGUGCGACGAAGAGUGGGCCCGGGUAGCUGGCGAGGCGGGCCUUCCCAGCAAGCGCCGCAAUGCGGGAGCCACGCCAGAGCGCUUCAGAGGCGGCCCCGGCCUAUCAACGGCACCCCCACCCCCGACGGCGGCGGCGGGAGCAGCAGCUGCAGCUGUCGGAGUGCCGCCAGGGCCAGCCCUGGGCCACGGCAGCAGCCAGCGUGCACUUCGCCCAGGAAACUGGAACGUGCGCAGCAUCUUCCUUGGGACCGCCUCUCAGCAGCCGCAGCAGGCGCCACCCGGCGCGCCGCCCGCACAGCUCGACUCUUCGCCGUCGCUGUGCGGGCGGAAGCAGCCCUCUGUGCCGCAGCAGCAGCGCAGCCCACUCCCGUCAGCUGCGCGGGGCCCGCCACGGUCACCUCUGGGCCUGGGGGCCGGCUACCACGAGCAGGAUGAGAAUGCGGCAGGGCCGCUGACGCAGAUGGCGGCAGCCAAUGCGCCCGUGGCUGCCGCCUUCUGCCCCCACUGCGGCUGCUUCCUGGCAGACCUGGGCAGCGCAGCGCAGCAGCAGCGGCACGCGGCCUCCUGCAGCCAGUCCGCAGCCGGAGACUCGGCAUGGGGCCAGCCGGCAGCCGGCGCCGCCGUGCGGCAGCCGCAGGGGCUGGAUGUGGCAGCGGCAGCAGGGCCCCGGGGCAGCCCUGGCGAGGAGGGGUGUUGGGAGGACGAGGGCCAGGAUGGCAACUGGUCGGAGCAGGAGGAGGCCACGCAGGGGGUGGCGGGAGGUGGAGAGGCACCUGCUGCUGAUGAUGACGAUGAUGAUGGCCAGGAGGAAGCAGAGGAGGGGGCAGAGGAGGAGGCGGAGGUGGCAGCGGAGGAGGCAGCCGGCGCCGGCGAUCAGCCGGAGGGCGGCGGCAUGGGCGAGCACGCCGCUCUGGCCGCCUUCCUUGACCAGCAUGGCCUGGCCAAGUACUGCGAGCUCUUUGAGCGGGCUGGCGCCAGCCUGUCGCUGCUGCCCUGCCUGACCGACCGGGACUUGCAGCAGAUGGGCAUCGCGGCUCUGGGCGCCCGCAAGAAGGUGCUGCUGGCGGCCGACCAGCUGCUGGCGGCGGCCGAGGCGGCCGCGGGGGCGGCGCCGUGCGAGCAGGCGGCCGGCGACGAGCGGUGGGCAGGCGGGGCCGAGGGGUCAGGCGGGGCAGGGGCGGCCCCUGCCCUUGCCGGCCUCCCGCAGCCGCCGCAGCAGCAGCAGCUGGAGGAGCGCCGUGCGUCGCAUGCACGUGCGGGGGGCAGCGGCGUAGGCGACUGGCGGGCGCUGAUGGCAGGCGGCGGCGGGGCUCCCGCCGUCUCCCGCAACAUCCUCCAAUACUUCAAGCCUGCGGGUGGCGGCAAGCAGCCGCAGGCGGCAGCAGCAGCCAAGGGCUGCAUCCUCAGCUACCUGACAGGUCCAGACGGCAGCGCGGCCCCCGUGCCGGCCGCGGCCGCGGCGGCGGCGCAGCAGGCGGCGGGGCGGGGGCGGGGGCGGGGCAAGCAGCAGUGGGCCCACAAGGCGGUGGCGUCAGAGGGCGGCGGCGGAGGUGGAAAGCGCUGGGGCCCCAGGGCGGCUCAGGUGCUGCCCAUGCGGCAGUGGCAGCUGGUGCCGGGCACCUCGUUUGUGGUGGACCGCUUCAGCAACCUGCCGCAGCAGUCGCCGCACCGCCACUGGUUCCUCACCCACUUCCACGCCGACCAUUACAAGGGGCUGACCGGGAGGUUUGACCGCGGCACGCUCUACUGCUCCCCGCCCACCGCGCUCCUCGUCCAGCAGCAGCUGCGCGUCAAGCCCGCCUGCAUACGGUGCGUGCCCCUCAACUCACCCAUCCUGGUGGAGGGCGUGCGGGUCACCUUCCUGGAUGCCAACCACUGCCCCGGGGCGGUGAUGAUCCUGUUUGAGCCGCCCGGUUGCCGCCCGGUGCUGCACACAGGCGACUGCCGCCUCAUCCCCGAGAUGCAGCAUGAGGCGGCGCUGGCGGCGGUCAGGGGUCAAGCAGACAUCAUUUUGGACACAACCUACUGCUCACCAGAGUAUGCCUUCCCCUCGCAGCAGGAGGUGCUCCGGUUUGCCAUAGAUGCGGUGAAAGCGGAGGCAUUCAACCCCAAGACACUCUUCCUCUUCGGAUCCUACACCAUCGGCAAGGAGCGUCUGUUUCUGGAGGCGGCGCGCGUGCUGCAGCGCCGGAUCUACGUGUCAGCCGCCAAGCGCAAGGUGCUGGACUGCCUGGAGCUGCCACAGGAGUAUGCCUCCCUGCUCACCACAGACGACCACACCACCAACCUGCACGCGGUGCCGCUGUGGAUGGUGAGCCAGAAGCACAUGGCUAAGCUGCUGAAGCACUACCGCGGCAGGUUCUCCACUGCGGUGGGCUUCCAGCCCACCGGCUGGACGCACCAGCGGGACGCCAGCCAGGCGGGGGCGCGGGGGCGGCGGCGCCAGAAGGGCACCAUCAUCACCUACCAGGUGCCCUACAGCGAGCACAGCAGCUUCAGCGAGCUGCGCCAGUUUGUAGACUGGUUCCGCCCCGUCAGCAUCAUUCCCAGCGUGAACAGCGACGGCGGCGGGCCCAAGGCCAUGCGCCUGGUGCAGCUGCUGCGUGGGCAGGCGGGCUGA